AAUAAUACAUUUAAUAACAUUAGUGUCGACAUUGAAAACAACAAAUUAAUUAUUAAUUGAAAUCAUCGGUUAAUAGCAUCCAAUGUCUGUCAGACUCUUGAAUCGGCUAUUGUUUGACAAUCGCCACCAACUGCUGCUGCGAUGCCAUCCGUGUCGGUCAUUGACGACAACACCGAUGCUGUCGGGCGGCGGAGAGUAUAAACAAAUGGGAAAAUUGGAUUCAAUGGAGUGGAAAGACAUCACCGAGAGGUCGAUGCAAAAGAUACUGAUGACUGAAAUGACCAGAGGUUUAGGUGUAGUGAUCGGACAGAUAUUUAAAGAGCCGGCGACAAUCAACUAUCCCUUUGAAAAGGGACCCAUAAGUCCACGAUUUAGAGGCGAACACGCGUUACGGCGAUACCCGUCGGGUGAAGAGCGAUGUAUUGCAUGCAAACUGUGUGAAGCCAUAUGUCCGGCUCAGGCCAUCACUAUUGAGGCCGAAGAGAGAGCUGACGGCAGUAGACGUACCACUCGUUACGACAUUGAUAUGACUAAAUGUAUAUACUGUGGCUUCUGUCAGGAGGCCUGUCCUGUGGACGCCAUAGUCGAGGGACCGAACUUUGAGUACUCGACCGAAACUCAUGAAGAACUGCUUUAUAAUAAGGAAAAAUUGUUGAAUAACGGCGACAAAUGGGAGGCAGAAAUUGCUGCCAACUUAGAGGCCGACCAUCUCUACCGUUAAAUAUUUGUGUAAUUAUUAUUUAGUUAUAUAUUGUUAGAAAUUAUAAUCAUUUUAAGUUAAAAAAUAUAAAUAAAAUAUGGUUUACUUCUAAACUUCUUUAAUCCUUUCAUAUAUAAGACUCGAAAUAAAUAUUUUGCGACCAAAAGUUAACUUUAGUUUAACUGAAAAAAGUUUGGUCUCAAUAUAAGCGGUUUUUAUAUCUAUCAUAUCUAUGGAGAACUCAUAUUAAAUACGUGAAGUCAAC